CUAAGCAAUGUCAAGAAUGCCUGGAUUACAGAUUUUGUACCAAUUGGAAAAUAUUUGGGCACAACAAUUAUUUGGGAAGCAGUUACAGAACUUGUUUGUGGAUAUCAUAUCAUUAUUUCGUCCAUAAAAAGGCAAGAAAUAGAAGAAAUAAUACCAAGUGUAGAAGACUUGUACCAU